AGAGAGAGAGAGAGAGAGAAUGAUACUGGACGGAAUCGUAGACGAGGACAAAUGGCUGGCCGAAGGCAUCGCCGGCAUUCAGCACCACGCUUUCUACAUGCAUCGAGCUCUGGACGCGAACAAUCUCAGAGACGCUCUCAAAUACUCGGCUCAGAUGCUCUCCGAGCUCCGAACCUCGAGGCUUUCGCCUCACAAGUACUACGAGCUCUAUAUGCGAGCUUUUGAUGAGCUGAGGAAGCUGGAGAUGUUCUUCAAGGACGAGAGCAGGCAUGGCGUCUCGAUCAUUGAUCUCUACGAGCUUGUUCAGCACGCCGGCAACAUUCUACCGAGAUUGUACCUCCUAUGUACAGUAGGAUCUGUGUACAUUAAAUCAAAGGAAGCACCUGCCAAGGACGUGCUUAAAGACCUUGUGGAAAUGUGUCGAGCUGUUCAGCAUCCGAUUCGUGGGCUGUUUCUAAGGAGUUAUCUUUCUCAAGUCAGUAGAGAUAAGUUACCCGAUCUUGGUUCCGAGUAUGAAGGAGGUUCUGACACUGUUACCAAUGCCGUAGAUUUCGUGCUACAGAAUUUUACAGAGAUGAAUAAGCUUUGGGUUCGAAUGCAGUAUCAGGGACCUGGUCGGGUGAGAGAGAAGCAUGAAAAGGAAAGAAGCGAACUUCGUGAUUUGGUUGGGAAAAAUCUCCAUGUUCUGAGUCAGAUAGAGGGUGUGGAACUUCAAAUGUACAAAGACACUGUUCUUCCCAGAGUAUUAGAGCAGGUUAUCAACUGUAAAGAUGAGCUGGCGCAGUUUUAUUUGAUGGAUUGCCUAAUCCAGGUCUUUCCAGACGAGUAUCACUUGCAGACACUAGAGACGUUAUUGGGUGCUUGCCCCCAGCUUCAGCCAACAGUGGAUGUCAAGACAGUAUUAUCUCAAUUAAUGGACAGGUUAUCAAAUUAUGCUGCUUCAAGUACAGAUGUAUUACCUGAAUUUCUUCAAGUUGAAGCUUUCACCAAAUUAAGCAGUGCUAUUGGAAGGGUGAUAGAAGCUCAAGUUGACAUGCCUAUUGUUGGAGCCAUAUCUUUGUACGUCUCUCUUCUUACAUUCACACUCCGUGUUCAUCCUGAUCGUCUAGAUUAUGUGGAUCAAGUACUGGGAGCAUGUGUUAGGAAGUUAUCUGGAUCCGCCAAGGUUGAAGACAAGAGAGCCAUAAAGCAGGUUGUCGCACUAUUAAGCGCUCCAUUGGAAAAAUACAAUGACAUUGUCACAGCUCUCACACUUUCUAAUUAUCCUCGAGUUAUGGAUCACCUUGAUGAUGGAACAAAUAAAGUCAUGGCAAUGGUUAUCAUUCAAAGCAUUAUGAAAAACGACUCUUGUAUCUCAACUGCUGAUAAGGUGGAGGUAUUGUUUGAAUUAAUCAAAGGGCUGAUCAAGGAUUUGGAUGGUAUUUCUGAUGAUGAGCUUGAUGAAGAGGAUUUUCAUGAUGAGCAAAAUUCUGUUGCUCGCCUUAUACACAUGCUUUAUAAUGAUGAUCCAGAAGAAAUGUUCAAGAUCAUAUGUACGGUAAAGAAGCAUAUAAUGAAUGGAGGGCCAAAACGCUUACCUUUUACUGUUCCUCCUCUUGUAUUUUCUACACUUGGGUUGGUUAGGCAACUGCAAGGCCAGGAAGGGGAGGUAUUUGGAGAAGAUGUGCCUGCCACACCGAAGACAAUUUUUCAGUUUCUUAAUCAGACUAUUGAAGCUCUUUCCUCUAUUCCGUCACCUGAACUGGCAUUAAGGUUGUACUUACAUUGUGCUGAGGCUGCCAAUGACUGUGAUCUUGAACCUGUUGCUUAUGAAUUCUUCACUCAGGCAUUUGUACUAUAUGAAGAAGAAAUUGCGGACUCCAAAGCUCAAGUGACUGCAAUACAUCUCAUCAUUGGGGCUCUUCAGAGGAUGAAUGUAUUUGGUACUGAAAAUAGGGAUACCUUAACACACAAGGCAACAGGGUAUUCUGCAAAACUUUUGAAGAAACCUGACCAAUGUAGAGCGGUCUAUGCAUGUUCACACCUAUUUUGGGUUGAUGAUCAGGAUGGCGUUAAAGAUGGAGAAAGGGUCUUGCUUUGUUUAAAGCGUGCGUUGAGAAUUGCAAAUGCUGCUCAACAAAUGGCCAGUGUAACUCGGGGUAACAGUGGGCCAGUGACACUCUUUGUUGAAAUACUAAACAAGUACCUCUACUUUUUUGAGAAAGGAAACCCCCAGAUUACCAGUGCUGCAAUUCAGGGAUUGGUGGAGUUAAUUACAAACGAGUUGCAAAGUGACUCUAGUAAUGUGAAACCAACCUCUGAUGCAUUUUUCACCAGCACGUUGCGGUAUAUACAGUUCCAGAAACAGAAAGGUGGGGCAAUGGGUGAAAAAUAUGCAUCUAUCAAGGUGUGAAAGACUCAUUUUUUUAAGGUCUUCUGCUUAAACUUGAGGACACGCAAAUUUGUUUGGGUUGAAAUGAUGGUGAGUGGCCGCCAGAUGAGUCCAAGGCACAAAAAUGCCACUGCACCAAAGUGGCAGCCAGAGCUUCAUGUACAGUUCUGUUUCUCUAAUUGAUAGGACAAGCAACUAGUAGGAUGGUGAAGUUGUAGAUGGAGGUUUUGUGCCAUUAUUGCUCUUGGAGCGAAGCUCAUUUUUACAUUUUCUUAUUCAUUUGGCCCGACAUUUCUAAGUUUGAAGGUGGAUGGAGUUUGAAGGGUUUUCUACAGUCCGUGAAAGAUAUGUUUGAUGCUGGUGGUAUAUUUGUGUAGGGUUGGGAACUUGGGACGAUACAAAAUAGUUGAUUGUAUUUAUUUGACAGACAGAAACUAUUCUACAAAGUUACUGCCUUUGGUGACAAUGAAAUUCGUAACAAAAAUCAUACAUAAUUUUGAUUUUGGAAUAUCAGGCAUUAUAUUUGAUAAAUCUUAAA